UCUACAAAAGGUCAAAAUUGAUUUGGUUUUUUUCUUCUUCUUCUCUUCUUUCUCAAAAUUUCAACUCGUGAUCUUCCAAUGGAGAAGAUCUAUGGCAGGUACUCCCAACAGUCACAAGGCCAACAUGAGUAUACGAGGUUGUGUUGUCUAAUGGUAACAAUAUUUGUCGCUAUUACGAUCUCCAUAACAAUGGUGAUGGUGGCAUUCGCGACCAUUUUCGAGCUACGAGAUCCUGGUCUCGUUCUUCGCAUCAACUUCGAAGGGCUGUCCGAUUUAAGAAAUACGACGACGGAUGGGAGAAGCUACGAGACCUUGAAGUUGGCUCUAAAAUUCGACGGAGGAGAUGUCAAUUCAAUACCGGAAAAGGCGACGGAAGGAACAAUUGUUACGAUCUCGAAGGAAGACCGUGAUCAGGUAGCUGCUGAACUUAUAACGACGAAUGGGGCCAGGUUAAGACUCAACGUGGGAGUACAUGGAAGAGCAACAACGAGCAGGAAUGUGAUCAUCAGGACGGCUGAGCUUUUAACCACGGUUGUGCGUAGCGUCACAAAUGGUUUAGGGGCUGAUGAGCGCACGGUGAUUCGGCUGCUUCUGGUGAUUUGCUGGGGCUGCUUCUUUUGGAACUUGUCUCUCUGGUUCAGACUUUCCUCAUAUGUCAAUCCUGUUAGUUUCUAUGGAGAUCAUGUUUAGAAUCGUUUUAGCAAUUGGAUUGGUAUAUAUACGGUUGCUUUAUGUUGUUCGAAGUUUUGAUAAUUUAGUAAAAUCUCUUGUGCGCACACCUUUGUGUAUUGUAAAUGAUCUAUUGGUGAAUCUUUAUACAACGAUCCUGUUUUAUUACGGGCACAUUCUUUUCUAUAGUAGAUUAUGUAUUAGUAAGACUGUCAAAAGCCAUUAUGUCUUGUAUUACGUAUAAAAAUUAGCACAUAAAGGUUGGAUUUUGUU